AAAUAAGAUGCCAUAACUUGAUGGAGUGUCAUAUAAAUAUAAUGAAAACUUCAGCAUAUUCAUGAAACGAAUCGAAAUUGAACAAGAAAAAUUAUUAAAGCUACCCAUUUCCGAUGUGGAUGAUCCUUUAAUUAUUCAAAAUGCAGUUCCCCAGGAAGUUAAUCAAGUUUUGGGUAUUAUGCGAGACAAUUAUUCAAAAUUUGAAAAGUUUUUUGAUACCUCGGACCAAUUAAAAUAUUUAAAUUAUAACUCAGAUAAUUAUUAUGAUUCAACACUUUCAUUGAACAGGAAGGUAUGGUGGAAAAAAUUUAGGGUGAAAUUAGUCUUGGGCUUGCUGUUAUCGACGGUUCUGACAUUGUUAUUGGUUCCGAUUAUCAUAAAAUUACGCAAAUUGGAGCCGUGAUUCAAAGCUCCUGACUAAAUCGAACGAGUCAUCAUAAUGCUGGAGCUGUUGACUUGUAAAAUUUUAUAUGACAAAUCAAUGCAAAUCAAUGCUUUUAUUUUAAAAGAAACCUAUGGUUUCAUAAAACGUCAAUUAGCCUAUUUUUAUAUUAUAUAUUUUGUUAUUUGUAAAAUAUUUAAUUAACUUUAUAAUGUAAAAUUGUUUUAAAGAAUGAUUAUUAUAUAUAUAUUCAUUACAAUAUAUGGCAAGUUUAUAUAUUUUGUAAACUUAAUUUAUAACCAUUAUAAUUUUAAUACUGAAAUUAAAUUAUUAAAGAUAAUAAUAAUUAUAAAAUAUUAAUAUUUUUUAAAAAAACAAAUCCCUUUUUAUCAAAGUUUUAAUGAUAUUUUUCAUAGUAAUGAAUUCAACUAAUCUUUGUAGUCGUGAAAAUAA